CGCCGCUCGUGUCCGCGCACACAUUAUAACCGGACAAUAAAUCACCACAUUCGAACAAGUUAAUUAUUCUUAAUUCAAAAUUAUCAUUCUAAAUUUAAAAAUGAUAGAUCACAGUGCCAAUCAGUGAGACGCCAUGUGGACUGUUGAUGUGAGGCCUACAGGACAAUGAAUGUGAUCAGGGGCCAGUGACGACAGACAGACAGUCUCUACCAUCAUGGCGGACAACGUGGCGUUCGAUGAUGAGAAGUUGGUGGUCGGUGGUCCGAACCAGCGGAACUGGCGGGGCAUACUGAUAGCACUGUUGGUGAUAGUGCUGGUGCUGGCGCUCAUUGUGACGUCGGUGGUGCUGCUCACACCCCCCGACGAGGGCCCCCGGGUGAAGGGCAGGCGGCUGAAGAUCCAGGACCUGCUGAACGAGGAGCUAGUGCCUAUCAGAUGGAACGGGACGUGGAUAUCCGGUGACGAGUACGUGUACAGAGACGCGUGGGGCGGCAUCAGCCUCAUGUUCGUGGCCAAUCAGACCUCCAAGACGCUCAUGCCAAACACUACCUUUAGGGUUCUAGAACCGGCAGCGUACUCGCUGUCGGCGGACAGGCGGUUCCUGUUGCUGGCGCACUCACUGCGCCAACUGCACAAGUACUCCUACCUCGCGAGAUACACCGUCUACGAUGUACUCACCACGGAAUCAUACCCCCUCACGCCACUCCCCGACGAGGUGGGCGGCGUCAUCAACGAGGGUCCGCUGCUGCUGCUGGCGAUGUGGACCCCCAAGGGCCACGGGCUGAUCACAGUGCAGGACCACGACAUCUACUACCGCCCCGCUCCGCGCUCUUCCACAGGGUACAGGGUGACGGAGUCAGGGAGACCAGGGACCAUAUAUAACGGGGUGCCGGACUGGUUGUAUGAAGUGGAGAUCCUGCAGUCCCGCACGGCGCUGUGGAUGUCGGCUGACGGCCACAUGGUGCUGUACGCUACCUUCAACGACAGCCUAGUCCAUGAACAGAAGUACCCCUGGUACGGAGCCGCGUUAGACACUGAUGAUCCUUCGAAGACGUACCCGGAGACCAUAAGCGUGAGGUACCCGAAGCCGGGCACCAACAACCCGACCGUGCGGCUCACCGUCGCUGACAUCGCCGACCCCAAACACAUACGGACGAGGCACCUCACGCCGCCCAAGGUCAUACUCGAGGAGGGUGACUACUACUUCACGAGCGCACAGUGGGUGUCGCUGACCGAGGUGUGCGUGGUGUGGCUGACGCGGGUGCAGAACCUCUCCGUCGUCUCCGUCUGCAAGAGCCCCAUGUGGUACUGCCAGGAGGUAUACAGGAUAUUCUCUGGCACGGAGGCGUGGGUGGAGUCCGCCCCUGCACCUCUAUGGUCUGCGGGCGGGGGCGCCCUGGUCACGCUGGCCCCGGUCAGGGACGGCCCCGCGGGUCUAUUCAGGCACGUCGUGAGAACGGAGCAUAACGCGCACGGACCGCGCACGCUACCUCUCACACAUGGCAGCUUCGAUGUCGUGAAGCUGCUAGCCUGGGAUCACGCUAAUCAGCACAUAUAUUACCUGGGUAUUCCGGAGGGUAAACCAGGGCAGCAACACCUGUACCGGGUGUCGUCGGAGGCGCCGCGCCCCGGCACGCCGCAGAAGCUACCGUAUUGUGUCACAUGUAAUUCGCAGCCUUCGCCGUCAAUUAACUUAGAGUACUACGGGAGUCUGGCGUCGUCGGGCGACAACACCUGGGACGCCGACUGGGACGAGGAGCUGGCCCCCACCUCGCCCACGCCCAGCAAAAAGAAAAAGAAGAAGCAGCCCGAGCGUCAGCCGGAGAGCCUGCCGUGCCUAUACCACGAGGCGCACUUCAGUCCGUCAGCGGCGUACUUCGUGCUGGAGUGUCUGGGCCCCGGCGUGCCCGUGUCCAGCCUGCAUAAGACCGCGCUGCCCGAGCCGCGCCUGCUGAUGCACCUUGAGAACAAUACUGCUGUUAAGGAGAAGCUGUCGGCGAUAGCGCUACCAACGCCGCGCACGUUCUCUGUGCAGCUGUCAAGCGGCGACGUGGCGCGGGUGCGGCUGCUGCUGCCGCCGGGGCUCAGGGAAGAUGAAGUUACCAAGUACCCGCUUGUUAUGAAAGUUCACGGCGCACCAGGCACGCAGCUGGUGACGGAGCGGUGGUCACUGGAGUGGGGGUCGCUGGCGGCGGGCGCUGGCGCCGUGCUGGCGGCGGUGGACGCGCGGGGCGCGGGCGGCAGGGGGCUGGCGACCCACCACACGCUGCACCGCCGCCUGGGCACGGUGGAAUUGGCUGAUCAGCUGGAGGUGGCCGAAUACCUCCGCGAGUCCCUCCACUUCAUAGACGCGCGGCGGGUGGCGGUGUGGGGCGCGGGGCACGGGGGGUUCCUAGCGGUGCUGGCGCUGGCCUCCCCACUCGAGGUGUUCCAGUGCGGCGUCGCUAUCACGCCCAUAGUGCGCUGGAGAUACUACGCGUCAGCGUACGCGGAGCGCUACAUGGGCUUCCCCAACGCGACGGGGAACUACCGCGGGUACGCGGACGCGGACGUGACGUCACGGGCAGCAUCGCUGCGGGGCCGCUCGCUGCUGCUGGCGCACGGCAGCGCGGACGACACCGUCCACCUGCAGCAGACCAUGGCGCUGGCGAGGGCGCUCGCAGAGCAGGGAAGCCUGUUCCGGCAACAGAUCUACCCAGACGAGGGCCACGAGCUACUCGGGGUGCGCGACCACCUGUAUCGCACCAUGUCGGCCUUCCUCGACGACUGCUUCCGCAAGCAGGUGCCGCCCGAGACCAAGGCCGGCCUGCGCAACGGCGGCAACCUCGACUGAGACUCGUGGAGGGAUGAGGAGUUGUACUCGUGGUAAAACCAGAUGAGGUAGAUUUUAUUGCCAAAUAUCUUCAAAAUGUGUAGUACAAUUAUUUCCAUAUCCCGUUUCGACUGCCAUGGAACUUUAAACGCAUAAAACAUACUUUGUGAUAGUUAGAUCUACUUUUUAAGGCUAUACGAACUGAAAACUGCUCCAAACGAAAUUCGAUCGUAUCCGCAGUACUUAAAGUUCAUAUCCGCACGGGCGACAACAGAAAAUACUCGAGCGCGGUAUGUAUUUUGGACUGUGUAAUUUUGAACUUUAUUACCGCUGCGUAUGGUGCAAUUUUAUUUGAAACAUUUCGGAAAUUGGACUAUUGUGAUCAAGCCACUAGUAUUACGUUAGGUAUACUUCCAACUUAGUGAUCGUAACUCGUAAGUGCUCAAUUAAGGUUUGAGGAAGGAAGGAGGUCCUCAAAUUUUAUACAAAACGAAGUUAGAAUGAGGGCUUCACAUUUUAAAAUAUACAAUUUAAGUAUGCCUUUGAACGGUAGACCAAAGGAGAAAUUUCCACCUGAAUAUAAAAAUUAAUAUAUAUUGU